CCCUGGGCGAAUUGGACCAGAAAUGAUUUCAGCAAUGCCAGAAGAUUACAGCUUGUCCGAAGAGCAAAAGCAACAUUUCCUCGAACACGGUUUCAUCAAACUCGAAAAUUGCUUCUCGCUGGAAGAUGAGCAGUGUAAGAAACUGAUGGAUCGUGUAUGGGAGCGUCUAGACAUGGAUCCAAAUGACAAAGAGACAUGGAACCCAUGGCGAGUCCACCUUCCUCGCCAUCACAACGCCAUUCCCAUGCGUGACUUUUGCCCAAAAGCCUGGUCAGCGAUAUGCGAGCUCUGCGGCGGCGAAGACCGCAUCGACACCUCCACAUCCCCCGGAAACGCGCUUUCAGUAAUAAACGACGGCUUCAUCGUAAACGUAGGCUCCAAAGCCGACGCUCUCAAAUGGACACAAGCAUCUUCCCAAACCACUGCCUCCAACCCCGAUAACCUCACCCCAGCACAGGAAAAAUUGCUAGAUCCUCACGAUAGAGAUAAUUGGCAUGUAGACGGAGAUUUCUUCCACCAUUUCCUAGACAGCAAGGAACAAGCUCUUCUACCUAUAGUGUUGUUUGGAGAUGUCAAGAUUGGAGGGGGAGGCACGAUGAUUUGUCCUGAUGCUAUUGCCACCAUGGCGAAACAUUUGGCUGCAUAUCCUGAAGGUUUGAUGCCUGAUAUGACGUGUAUUGAAGGCAGGGAAACACCGUAUAAAGAUUUUGAUCAUGGGUUUUUCGAUCAGGCUGUCAAGGGUGUGCCGAAGGAUAGGUUCAAGACUGCGACGGGCAAGGCGGGGGACAUUUAUUUGCUACAUCCUUUGAUGGUGCAUUCGGCUGCUCCUAAUUAUUUGAGAGAACCGAGAUUCAUCACCAACCCACCGGUAGCAUUGAAAGAGCCAUUCAACUUCGACAGACAAGACGGCAGUACAUACAGUCUGGUAGAGCAAAAGACCUUACAAGCUCUAGGCCACCCCGAAGGCUUGAAAGGCUGGAAAAUCACCACAGAGAGGAAAUUCCUCAUUCCAGAGAGAGUCAAGCAACAAGCAGAGAUGAAGAAGAUUUUGAAAAGAAGCAAGCAGACAUGAACUCGACCUGCAGAAAGGAAGACAUGUAACAUGCAACAUCCAAAGAAAAGAUGAGGAAAUCUGGACCAAGUAUGAGCGUUUUUAAAAUGAAUCAAACAAAGC